UCGCGCUGUAGCGAUUAAACACAAAAAAAGAAAAACUAACAACUAACUAGUUAGUCUGCGAUUUUUUGGAAGAUUAAGUGUGAAGUGUGUGAGAACGCGAACGGUUGCCUGCUGCCUGCUUGUGGGUGGAAGCGAGUGCGCGAACAAAAUCGGGCGAAACGCGAACAGAAAAGAAAAGGAGCCGAAUUACACAAGUUGUAAAAACGUUUUUGAGACCGAAUAUUGAUUUUUUCAUAGAAUCAGUCGUCGCCGCGGUUGUUGCCGUUGUCCGUUUUGUGGAAAGAACAGUGGCUGUGAUAACAGUAAAGAAAAGCAAUUAAAAGCGUGCAGUAGUUGUCCACAACACGGUUACCUGUAUUGCACCUGCCUGCCGUCUGCUAAUCCCAAAGUCGACCCAAUUCUGCCAGGAAGAGAGACUCCACCACCCCCUACGCACACACACACACACGGCCAACGACGACGAGCGUCAGGAGGAAGUUCCGUUUCUUUUCGUAUUUCGUUUUGUUAAUACGAAUACAAGACCCGAAGCAGGCUAAGUAUUACAAAUCAAAGCAAACAGUCAAGAGCGCAAACAAACUUAAAAAAUCAAAAGAAAAUAAUUAAAAGAUAGAGAAAUUAAGCAAUGCCUCAGGCAGAGGGCGGCUAUGUAUCGCUGCCGGCUGUUAACGGCAAUGGCAGCGCCAUAUAUCAGUCCACCACCGAGCCCUCGGCUCCACCCUCCGUAUUCGAGAGUGUCAAGCGGGUGAUUGGGCAGGCGAUCAAAUCGUCGCCAGGGGACAGCGAGGAGCUGUUGCGUUCCGAGCGCCAGCCGGUCAUUGUUGGCGGUGUCAGACUCUCUUUCAGAGACCGCGACAAAACUGGUAAGACUCUGAACACCAAGAUGCCGUCAGCACCGACACACACUGCCGAGGAGGCACACCUGCUGGGCACCAUGCCCGUUGAUCCCAUGGACGACAUCGAACUGCGCUCCGUGCAGCUGCACUUCCCGAAUGCACGCGGCUCCAUACUGGAGGCCUGCGACCAGCGCCGUGUGCCCACAGACAAGGGCGACAUACACGUGGCCAUACAGGGCGAUACAUCCAAGCCGGCUAUCGUCACCUAUCACGAUCUUGGCCUAAACUAUGCCACCAGCUUCGCUGGCUUCUUCAACUUCCCAGUGAUGCGGGGCCUGCUGGAGAACUUCUGUGUGUACCAUGUGACGGCACCCGGACAGGAGGAGGGCGCUCCAGCAUUGCCAGAGGACUACGUGUAUCCAACCAUGGAUGAGCUGGCCGCUCAGCUGCUGUUCGUGCUGUCGCACUUUGGAUUAAAGUCCGUGAUUGGAUUCGGUGUGGGAGCUGGUGCUAAUAUUUUGGCCAGGUUCGCCCACGGCCAUCCAGACAAGGUGGGGGCCCUGUGCCUGAUCAACUGCGUGUCCACGCAGUCGGGCUGGAUCGAGUGGGGCUACCAGAGCUUCAACGCCCGCUUCUUGCGCACCAAGGGCAUGACUCAAGGCGUGAUUGACUACUUGAUGUGGCAUCACUUUGGCCGCAAUCCGGAGGAGCGUAACCACGACCUGGUGCAGAUGUAUAAGCAGCACUUUGAGCGCGCCGUCAAUCCGACCAACCUGGCCAUGCUCAUCAACGCAUAUAUUCAUCGCAACGACCUGCACCUGGCGCGCACUCCGCCAGGCACUCCGGGCGCAGAGACGGCGGCCACCACGCUGAAGAUGCCCGUCAUCAACAUCACGGGCUCGCUCUCGCCCCACGUGGACGACACGGUCACCUUCAAUGGUCGCCUGGACCCCACAAACUCGUCCUGGAUGAAGAUUUCCGAUUGCGCUCUGGUGCUCGAGGAGCAGCCGGCCAAGCUGGCCGAGGCCUUUCGGCUGUUCUUGCAGGGCGAGGGCUAUGCAACGCCACUCUCGACACCGGCGAGCUCCCCGUGCGGCACCAAGUACCACACAUACUCCUCGAUAUUCUUCGCCAACUUCCGGGAGCAGCAGCAGCAAGCGAUGGAGGAGCGCGACCGGGAGCGGGAGCACGAUCGCCAGAGGCAGCUAAAUCUCCGGAUUGGCAAUCGGCUACGCGAGACGGCCAUUAACUGUACCAACAACGGAGCCGGAGCUGGCAACGGAGCCGGGGACAAUAACAACGCCGAUGCCAGCGAGGAGGAGGAAGACCAGGAGAAUGGAAACGGAAAUGGCAACCGUGCCUAUGUCACCACAGACACAUCCGGCACACUCUACUAUGGCACACAGAGCAACAAGAUACGCAUCACCGAGAACCCACUGCCCGAGCCGGUCAGCUCCUAGAUUGUUACGACCCCCCAAGCCCAACCCUUCUUCCCACAAUCAAGAUAAACAAAACAAAAAAACUACUCCACACCAAGGUACAUUAAAUAGAUGGUCAGGCCUUAA